AUGCCACCACCACGCGACCCAUGCUGGAAAAGCAACCAGCUAGCAGCAUAUUACGACGCUAUCAUUCCUCCAUACAACGCUUUGGACUAUAUAAAGUUGGUGCGCAAGAGAGAGAUAGACCAUUUUAGGCGCAAGAUCGAUGCCGGGAGAGGCCACUUCGACGAUUUGAACCAGCGAGAGUACACGGAGCGUAUAGGCCUACCAGCUGCCUCGCCAUCCACCCCUGCCCGACUUUGCAACGACGCAAACCACGAAAGAAUAUUCGCGGACACGAACGCUAUGAUCGCAAAACUCGAAGAGAACAUGCGGUACUUGGAGGCAUCCCGAGACAUCAAAAACACGGCCUACGCCGACAGAUCCCAGGAAAUACGGUGUAUGGGGACGGACAAGGACGCCGGAAUCGAUAGACGCAAGAAGGUCACACGAUACAUGAAUGUUUACCCGAGAAGCGACAUUGCGACCUCCCAGCCGCCGUUCCACAGAGCCGAUGACGAUGACACGGAUAGCAACAGCGAAGGUUACGACGGCGGAAGCGAAAACUCCGAAGACCAACAAGUGAAGAUCACAGAACUUAUUGAAAUAUAUGGAAAGCUUGGCAAGUCGAAGAAAGCGCUCGAAGAGUGCAUCGAGCGUGGGCAGUCGCUCCGGAAGAGGGACAGGUUGUGGCAAAAGUAUGUUGAGAGUCUUGAGGAAGUAAUAGAGAAGCUCAAGGAACUGGCAUUUGAUUUCAGUGGGAAUGAUUACUUGGUCAACGCAGCAAUUGAGGAGGCGAUGGAGGGAUUCACAUCGCCAAGGUAG